AUGCUCCUUCAAUCCGCCUCAAGCUUUAUUCAUGAGCACUACAUUUCAGCCACUCUCACUUCGACUCUGCUUGUUUUGCUCUCACAGGUCUAUUAUGAAGUCUUCAUCAACCCCCUUGGCAAGUAUCCGGGGCCAAAGUUCGCAGCUGCAUCGCGCAUACCUCAACUCUAUCACACUUUUAAAGGCGACUUGCUUCAGUGGGUCACUGGACUGCAUGUCACCUACGGUGAUGUGGUUCGUGUCGCUCCGGAUGAGUUAAGCUACGCCACUGGAGAGGCAUGGAAGGGAAUAUAUGGCCAUGCGGCUGCAGGAAAAAAAGUUACUGAGAAAGACACUCGGUUUUAUGGUCCAUCCUUCAAUGGAGCUCCGGAUAUUAUCCGGGCGAAAGGACCUGAUCACUCUCGUUUUCGUCGCAACUUCUCGCAUGCCUUUUCUGACCGGUCGCUUCGGGAACAGCAGUCCUUGAUCUGCGGAUACGUGGAUAUGUUAGUUGACAAUCUCAAACGCACAAUCAAGGAGAAUCCCAAGGCAAAGGUUAAUAUGGUUCACAUGUUUAAUCUGACAACUUUUGAUAUCAUGGGAGAUUUGACCUUCGGUGACUCCUUGGAUCUAUUGCUUGGGACCGGCAACAUGAAUUGGGUGGCCGCGGUAUUCAUCAGCAUGAAGACCAACGCCUUGCGCAGACUGGCGCGCUACUGGCCUUGGACGGCUUCGAUCGCCCAAAGGCUCAUUCCUCAAGAGCUUAGGCAACAGAGUGUCGCCCAUUACCAAGCCUCCCAGGGCCGUGUGGAUAAGAGAGUUGAUGGUGAUUAUGCAUUGCAAAAACCUGACAUCUGGGGUAUUGUGAUGAACCAGAAGCAAGAGCUCCGUCUUAGCCGUACGGAGAUGUACGCCAACUCACAGGUCUUCAUGGUUGCAGGCACCGAGACCACUGCGACUGCACUAAGCGGCUUGCUCUAUCAACUCUUGAUGAAUCCUGAAAAGAUGGAGAUCAUUGUGAAGGAAGUCCGUGAGACUUUCGAGAAAGACUCCGAUAUUGAGAUGAGAGCCCUGGAACACAUGGAAUAUCUUAAUGCCUGCAUUGAAGAAGGGUUGCGCAUCUAUCCUCCGGUUCCAGUUGGCCUACCUCGCAUUGCUCCUGAUGAUGGAUUGCUUGUCUGCGGGGAGCACAUCCCUGGAAAGACCGCACUUUCCGUUAAUCAAUGGGCUACCUAUCACAGCCCCAAAAACUUCAAGCGGCCUGAUGAUUUCAUCCCUGAACGCUGGAUUAGCGAUGAUUUUGCUACCGAUAACAAGGCUGCAUUCCAGCCAUUCUCGUUUGGCCCUCGCAACUGUCUUGGGAAGAAUCUGGCAUACCACGAACUGCGUGUGAUUCUGGCGAAGGUGCUGUAUAACUUUGAGUUUUCUCUUCUCCCCGAGUCUAUUGGCUGGGAGAAACAGAAAACUUUCUUUCUGUGGGAAAAGAAUGAUUUGAUGGUUCAGCUGAAGGCGAGAAGCUAG